GCAGAGUCCGCGCACUGGAAAAGUCACUGGUGGGUGGACGAAGCGGGCUCAGCGGACCGGACGGAGUCUUUAAGCAUUUGCACACUGGACGUUUUACUGUAAACUGUGGAAGUGGCCGUUUUUUUUUUCUUUGCUUGAGCCUUGAACUCGUGGGUAUAUUUCACGCGCACAGGCUCGUGCUGUUCGUUCAGGGGUCGGCGGAAAGUCCGACCGCUGUCACUUCAGAUUCAUGGACUCAACACGGACUUCGGCUAAAAGCACUUCUGUCAAAAGGCUGACACAAGGUUGACUUAACUCACUGAAUAUCAAGUGUCCACACAUCCCGCGUUGAUGCGUCUACGUCCCUUCCAGGCUCGGUCGCUAUGAAUUUGUCUUUGGACGGCAUGGACGUCCUGAAGAUCGUGCUGCUCAUCUUUGAGGCCGUUUUACUGACCGACUGCGUAAGAGGACCUCCGCGAGUCUGCGAGAAAGUCGCUCACAGGCAGAUGGCCCGGCUGGGCAGCGCCAUCAAGCUGCCGUGUCCGGUGGAGGGAGAUCCUCCGCCCCUCAUAAUGUGGACCAAAGACGGCCACAACAUCCACAGCGGCUGGAUUCGCUUCCGUAUUCUCCGCAUGGGCCUGAAGAUUAAAGAGGUGGAGGCGGACGACGCGGGGACCUACAUCUGCAAGGCGACUAACGGCUUCGGCAGCGUGAACAUCAACUACACCCUCAUUGUCAUCGAUGACUCCGCCAAAACUGGACCCAGGGAAGAGCCCAAAACAGGCGUGCGUCCCCGCUUCACGCAGCCCGCCAAGAUGAGGAAAAGGGUGAUAGCUCGUCCCGUGGGCAGUUCAGUGCGUCUCAAAUGCACGGCGAGUGGAAGCCCUCGGCCGGACAUCGUGUGGCUGAAGGACGACAGGCUGCUGACGGGGGAGGAGGUCGGUGAGGGUCGUCAGAAGAAGUGGACCCUGAGUCUGAGGAACCUCAUGCCGGAGCACAGCGGCAGAUACACCUGCAGGGUCUCCAAUCCGGCGGGAGAAAUCAACGCCACGUACAAAGUUGAGGUCAUACAGAGGACGAACUCCAAACCCAUUCUGACGGGCACUCACCCGGUCAACACGACGGUGGACUACGGAGGCACCACGUCCUUCCAGUGCAAAGUGAGGAGCGACGUGAAGCCGGUCAUCCAGUGGCUCAAGCGCGUGGAGUACAACGAGGAAAGCCGCUACAACUCCACCAUCGAGGUGGGGGACCACAGAUUCGUGGUGCUGCCCAUGGGGGAGGUGUGGUCGCGGCCCGACGGCUCCUACCUCAACAAGCUGCUCAUUACCCGCGCCAAGGAGGAGGACGCUGGCAUGUACAUCUGCUUAGGCGCCAACACGAUGGGCUACAGUUUCCGCAGUGCUUUCCUAACUGUGCUGCCAGACACAAAGCCUCCCAUCACACCUGUGUUCUCGCCAGCCUCCAGCUCCCUCCCCUGGCCCGUCAUCAUCGGCAUCCCCGCCGGGAUAGUGUUCAUCUUUGGCACGGUGCUGCUGUGGUUCUGCCAGAGCAGGAAACACUGUCCUCCUCCCCCCAGCGCCCCGGCCGCGCAGGUACUCCAGGGCUCCCACCGGCCGUCGUACCGAGAGCGGGACAGGGGCUACGUGGCCCCGUCGUCCAGCUCCUCCACCCCGGACAAAGACUGCAUGAGCUCCAUGAACUACGAGGAGUACCUGGCCCAGCAGCAGCUCCUCCUCAGCCAGGGAGGACCCACGAUCCCCCCUAAAAUCUACCCCAAAAUCUACACUGACAUCCACACGCACACUCACUCCCACGUGGACGGGAAAGUACAUCAGCAUCAACACAUUCAUUUUCAGUGUUAGCCUCGGGUGCCAAGUAUUCCCCCACGCUGACUGCUCCGGCAUCGGAGACGGACGCUGAGCCGCGGACUGAACGGCAGCUCCUGUCAGAGACGCUCACCAGACGUUACUCUUCACAGCUGGACAUUGUUGGGAAAGUAUGUGAAAAGAAACAACGGCCAGUGACACACACACACACACACACGUACACACUUUGUGUAAUUUCAUAAAAACUUCCACAUUUGGUGCUUUGUUUUUAUAAAAUUCUCACACCACUAAACUGCAUUAAUCGUUGUUGUGCACUUAAUACAGAAAAAAAAAGGACCUUUUUUGAGUUUACUUGCAGCUAUUCGGGCCAGCUGAAUGCUAUUCUCCAGCAGCUGAUUUUUUUUAUUUUUUAUUUUUUUUAUUUGGAAGCUUGGUUUUACCUUUCACAUAAUCAGCUGUUGGAGCGCAGAGGUUUCUGGAUGUUCUGCCAGGUAAUGAAGAUGAAAAUGGUACUCAAGAUUUCCUAAAGGGCUGUUUUUUUUUUUUUUUAAAUGCUCCUACUCAGGUCGACCCUUUUUUGUUUGUUGAAGAUGCAUCAUGCCGGGAAUGCUGACCACUAUCCUUCACGUCACCAUCCCUCGCUUCAGUUUAAAGUGAUAUAGAACGGACCGGUUGAGCCUUCUUGGUCUUUUUUUUUUCAUGGCAGGUUAAACCUUGCCAAAGACUGCACGGGAUGGAAACAUUAGUUAUUUUUAUUUUCAUGUAGGUUCCCAUCACUAGUCCGUAGCGUGCUGAGGUAAACCAGCAGUUUUUCUUUCUUUAUCCAACCACAGUUUAUGAAGCUGUACUCGUUUAUAAUCAAAUUGAGUCAUGAAUAUUUAAUUUAUUUUGCUAAAAAACAAAAAACAAAUGUAUCAAAGUUUUAUUUUUCAGAGUAAGUCAUUUUACAUAUCUAUGUAAUGUUAUUAAAGUAUACCGUUUUUGUGUAUAGUACAUUUUGUCACCCAGUUUAAUCACGUUUACGUCAUGCCAAUAUGUAGGUAUCUCUGUAUGUAAUUGGUUAUAUUUGACAAUCCUGUAUGAUGUACUCUAAUC